AUGAAUUAUAGGAACCAAGAAAGAGAAACUGACUCAGGAUGUGUAUCCAAGUUAGUUUAUUCUCGCCGGAGAAAGAAAACGGAGAUCAUGAAAGAGGUGAUAGAAAUUGACCCCAAAGUCGAUUUUGCGAAUCAGGAAGGAGAAAUUGACUCGAGACAUGUAGAUGCAAUAGGAAGUGUUGAUUCAAUUUUUCCAUUUAAUUCAAAGAGUAUUCCUCGGCGACCGCGGACAAAAUGCAAGCGAAAAUUCAAAGGCAAUGAAGCUCUCUCUAGAUCCAAGGAAAAGCUAAACAGUCAAGUCUUUGAUAAUUACUUAGCGAAAAUAUGGAAGAGUUUCUCAGAAGAUAGGAAAAUGUCAUUUGCAUAUUUGGACAGUUUAUGGUUUAGCCUUUACAGGAAUCCUUUGUCUAAAGAUAAGGUGCUGAGUUGGAUUAAUAAAGAACGCAUUUUCACGAAAGCAUAUGUUUUUGUGCCUAUAGUCUGCUGGGGUCAUUGGAACCUCUUGAUCUUCUGCCAUUUUGGUGAGAACGUGCGAUCUGUUACUGAAUCACGUUGUAUGUUGUUACUGGAUUCUCUUGAAAUGGCGAAUCCAAGGCGGCUUGAACCAGAGAUAAGAAGAUUUGUACAAGACAUUUAUAAAGCAGGGGACAGGCCGGAGACUAAGCAUCUGAUAUCUCAAAUCCCAUUAUUAGUGCCCAAAGUGCCGCAACAAAAAGAUGGUACUGAAUGUGGAAACUUCGUCCUUUAUUUCAUUAAAUUGUUUUUGGAACUCGCACCAGAUAAAUUUAGCAUGGAAGGGUACCCUUACUUUAUGAAAAAAGACUGGUUUACAUUCAAAGAAUUGGAUCGUUUUUGUGAGAGCUUGACGCAUUGA